AUGGCCCCGUCCUUGCUCAAGGUCACGGCUGUGGCCCUGGCUUUGUCCAGCAGUGCUUCGGCCGUCAAGUUUGAGAUGCGUGGCAUCGACACCUCUUCCGUUGCUAUCAUCAGCACCACCACAGCCGCCGCCAGCUCAACCGUCACACCCAUGCCCGACGAUGAUGACCUCGACUGGUGCGACGACGAUGAUCUGAGCACUCCCAUCAGCACCCCGGACAGCACUCCCAUCAGCACCCCCAGCGUCCCUGCCAGCACUCCCAGCGGAACUGCUCCUCCCAGCGGUACAGCUACUCCCAGUGGAACUGCCACCCCUAGCGCCACCAGCACUCCCAACCCCGAUGAUGAGUGCGAUGAUGAUGAUGUGAGCACACCUGGAAGCACUCCCCCAGCUUCCACCACGCCUGGUGUCUCUGCUUCCAGCACCCCCGCUGGUACUCCUUCUGCUUCCAGCACUCCCGAUGCCUCAGAUGUUUCCACCCCCGGAGCUACUCCUUCUGCCUCCAGCACUCCUGAUGCUUCGGAUGUUUCUACUCCUGGAGCUACUCCUUCUGCCUCCAGCACUCCCGAUGCUUCAGACGUUUCCACCCCCGGAGCUACCCCAUCAGCAUCUGAUGUCUCUACCCCUGGAGCUACGCCUUCUGCCUCCAGCACUCCCGAUGCCUCUGAUGUUUCCACCCCUGGAGCUACUCCUUCGGCAUCCGAUGUCUCUACCCCUGGAGCUACUCCUUCCGCCUCUAGCACUCCCGAUGCUUCAGACGUUUCCACCCCCGGAGCUACUCCCUCGGCAUCUGAUGUUUCUACUCCCGGAGCUACGCCUUCUGCGUCCAGCACUCCCGAUGCUUCAGACGUUUCCACUCCAGGAGCUACUCCCUCGGCUUCCGAUGUUUCCACCCCCGGAGCUACUGCCUCUGCUUCCAGCACUCCCGAUGCCUCUGACGUUUCUACCCCUGGAGCUACUCCCUCCGCAUCUGACGUUUCCACCCCCGGAGCCACGGCUUCUGCCUCCAGCACUCCUGGUGCUUCGGAUGUGUCUACUCCUGGAGCCACUCCCUCCGCCACCGGCACUCCCGGUGUCUCGGGUACUACCACUCCCGGAGCCAGCGCUUCUGGAACCACCACGCCCGAGGUUACUCCUUCCACCUCAGACGACUUCACUCCUCUGCCUACCAUCAUUGAGUCCGAGACCAGCACCCCAGAUGCCUCCACCACCGGUCCUUUCACCCCUGGAGCUUCCGGCACCACCACCCCCGGCGGUAACGCUUCUGCUACCACCACUCCUGGUGCCACCGCCUCCGGAACCACUACUCCUGGUGCCACUGCCUCCGGCACCACCACCCCCGGAGGCAACGCUUCGGGCUCCACCACUCCCGUGGCUACUCCUUCCGCCACUUCGGAGGAGCCUUCUGACUCUUUCAGUGCUCUGCCCACCAUCAUUGAGUCUGACUCUACCACUCCUGCUGCCUCCACUGGUCCCUUCACUCCUGGUGUUUCCGGCACCACCACCCCUGGAGGCAACGCUUCUGCCACCACCACCCCUGGUGCCAGUGCCACAGGUACCACCACUCCUGGCCAGAGCAACUCUGGAGCUGCUUCCUCCACCGCUGGUCAGUCCACCAACUCCGGUGCUGCCUCUUCCACCGCUGGUGGUAACGGUAACUCCUCUGCUUCCUCCACUGCUGGUGGUAACGGCAAUGCUUCUGCUUCCUCCACCGCUGGCGGCAACGGCAACGCUUCUGCUACCUCCACUGCUGGUGGUAACGGUAACGCCUCUGCUACUUCUACUGCUGGCGGCAACGGCAAUGCUUCUGCUUCCUCCACCGCUGGUGGCAACGGCCAGCAGACCGGUGCCAGUGUUAACCCUACUGGUGGUAACGGCCAGCAGACCGGCGGCAACGCCAACCCUACUGGUGGAAACGGCCAGCAGACUGGUGCUGGUGUCACGAGCACUGGCUCUGGCGACAUUCCCAUGACCACUUCCACUGUCAGGACGACCCAGGUCCGCACUGUCACCCAGUGCCCUCCUACCGUCACCAACUGCCCUGCCGGCAACGGUCCUUAUGUUGUCACUGAGACUGUCGAUCUGUACACCACUGUCUGCCCUGCUGUCCCUGUCACCACCUCCACCGUCUACAAGACCCAGGUCCGCACCGUUACCCAGUGCCCUCCCACCGUCGUCAACUGCCCCGCCAACGGCAAGGGAAGCUGGACUAUCACUGAGACCAUCCCCUGGUACACCACCGUCUGCCCCGUCUCUGCCACCACCACUGGAACUGCCAAGCGUGAGACCUUCACCACCACCUACACCACCACUGGUGUCUCCAACGGUGUCCCCACCCAGUCCGUUGUCACCAAGACCUACUGCCCCGUUUGCGAGCAGCAGGACAAGACCAAGACUGGUGUUGCCAGCGCCCCGGCUACCGUCACCCUCGUGCCCGGCCAGUCCAACGGUGGCCAGAGCCAGCCCACCGGUGGCGCCCAGAGCGGUGCUCAGAGCCAGGCCGUCCAGUCCGGCUCUGCCGCUACCUCCAAGGCUGCCGGCUCUUCCGGCGGUGUCGUUACCAGCGCCGUCAACCAGGCCACUGCUCCUGUCAGCACCUCUCCUGUCACCACCAGCGCUGUCAAGGCCGGUGCUGCCAAGGUUGGUGUCAGCCUGAUCGGUGCCAUGGGUGUUGCCCUCGCUUUCUUCCUGUAG